AUGGAGGUGCUGGAUGAUGGGGCUCUUUUUAAUGAGUCAUCGGCGAUGGUUGUAAACGACUCUCCAACGAAGGAUUUUGGAUUAGAAAGGGGUUUAAGACAAGGGGAUCCUCUUUCUACCUUUUUAUUCAUUAUCGCAAUGGAGGCAUUAAAUGUGAUGAUGACAAAAGCAGUCAAUCUGUGUAUUUUUAACACGAUUUCACUACCCAAUGGUAUCCUAAUGAUAUCCCACUUGUUUUAUGCAGACGACGUUAUGUUUGUGGGUGAACCAAGUAUAGCUAAUCUCAAAAAUCUUAAUCGUAUACUUCGUGUAUUUUACCUUGUUUCAAGAUUGAAGGUGAACUUUCCAAAAGUAAAUUGUAUGGGGGUGGCUAUAGACGAAGAGGACCUCCUAUUGGCGGUUGACAUGAUUCACUGUAAAAUGGGAAAAUUUCUGUUAGAAUACCUUGGGUGGGUGAUUGGGGCUAAUAUGAAUAAAGGAUAA